UGGAACUACACACCUCCUCUUAACCAUCGAUAUAUUUUUUUCUUACCCGGUGUAUGCAUACGACCUGCUUAUUCCAGAUUGGUUAUAUUGUCAGUCUUGCAGCAUGCCAUCAGCGACAGGAACCAAGCGCGUCAGAGGCGUCUCUGUCUUCCGGCCAUUCGUCUUUGGCAGUGAAGCCCAACCCUUCGACCCAGCCAAGAAACCCCCCCACGUCCCAGCAGACCACACGCACCAGUGGCGCGUAUUCGUGAAAGGCGUCAACGACGAAGACAUCUCCUACUGGCUCAAGAAAGUACAAUUCAAGCUCCACGAGACUUACGCCCAGAACGUGCGAACGAUCGAACAGGCCCCCUUCGAAGUGACCGAAACCGGAUGGGGUGAAUUCGAGAUCCAGAUCAAACUAUACUUUGUUCCGGAGUCAACCGAGAAGCCACAGACCCUAUGGCAUAGCUUGAAGUUGCAUCCGUACGGACCAGACGCGGAAGCGAAGAAAGAGCGCCGCGAGCUGGUGGUCAGCCAGAACUAUGAGGAGGUGGUGUUCAAUGAACCCGUGGAGCAGUUUUAUGAGCUCUUGACAGGUGGCGCGGGGGCAGCAGGGCAACCGCAGAAGGGAAAGGGUGGCAAGAAUACCAAGCAGUCGCAGCAGCAGCAGAAGGGGGUAAGGACGGCUGAGAUUCCGGCGAACUCGUCCGCGGAGAAUCCGUAUAGUCGGACGACGGAGAGUAGUGAGAUGGAUCGGUUGGGGGAAGCGAAUAAGACGGUUGAACGGAUGAUCAAAGAGGAAAGGGAACGGUUAAUUGAGCGGGAGAAGAAGUUGGCGGAGCUGCGUGCGAGUGAGGGCGUCCCGGCUACUACAAAGAAGCGUUAAGUGUUGAGAAGAUUGGGAUGUGGAUGUUUGGAUAACACGUUCUGAGACGUGCUCUACUCGCGUGUUGAUACGCUUCGGUUGCCCAGCUGGCGUCGUUAUUGUCCGGCGAUAUUUGGGUUCUCCUUGCUGGCAUUGAUAAACCAGGGUUCCCCGAAGUACUCCCUUCUUAGGGUGGGAUAAGGCGCAUCAUCACUAGCCUACGGGGACCCCGAAGGGCUCAUGACCCUUGUAUGCUGAGCCUUCGCUGCAGUGCUACUUCUAGGUUUAUUACCUUGCUGGCAGACUCGCAGGACAUACAUCUGCACGACUUGGUAGCCCACAGUGAACAAUCCCGGUUCAAUACUAUCAUGAUACGAUUAACGCAGAUAGUCAAAAUUGAGGGCUACACAUGCAAAUUGGAUGCGAAUAUUAUCAUGCUUUUGAAAUUUUC